AUGUCUUGUAGAAAAUUGCAUUACAAUUUUGAGCCGACUUACAGCAAUCUGACGUAUUUCCUGGCUUCUUCUAAUCCGUUCGGUAAGUCGCCGGACUGAUUUUUGGGGUUUGCACUUUUCAAAAAAAGCCGACAGCAAAAAAAAGCAACAAAUUGCACGUUCAAAGUGAAUUUUUAUUAUCUCAAAUCCCUCAGGGCAAUGAUUACUAGUCCUUCCGGUGACUUUCCGGAAAGACUAUAGUAUUUCGCCCACACUGUAUCGAUCGAAAUUUUUUGUUUCUUUUGUUAAUUGAGCCUUUCAUUUGGACAAAGCUCUAAAAUGGACGGGAAUCAUUUUUCUUUUAUUUCGGGUUGCUGUGCGACUAUUAUCCGACAUUUUUUAUUAUCAAAACCCCACUUGCCUUGUUCCAGUGCCUUACAAAAAACGCGAAGGAAAGUCGGAGGCUAUAACUUACGGCGGAGGCGGCGCAGAGGCUUCGUAUUUGGAAUAUGUAUUUCUAAGCGACGUUAAUUUUGGCCUAUGAAAAAACAAGAUCAUAAAGAAAAAUUUGACGUCGCUACAACUUUCUGAAGUAGGGGCAUUUCUACCCCGAAAACCAGUGUUUUUUCGGUUGAAAAUGAUCGAGAAAUUUCGAAAUUUUUCGGUUGAAAAUCACAAAGAAAUGUAAGUUUUUUGAGGUUUUCAAUAGAGCUUAUGUUGAAAACAGGGAUGGAAAUUGCUAACGCGCUGCAAAUUUUGCAAAAAUACAUAUUCCAGAAACGAAGGCUCUGCGCCGCCUCCGCCGGAACUUAUAGCCUCCGGCUUUCCUUCACUUUUUUGUAAGACCCUGUGAAAAUAUUUAGCGGUACACAUCAAUUUUCGAUGCAAUAUACCGCGGUAUAUCGCAUCGAAAAUCGCAUCGCCGAUGAAAAAAAUGAGUUGUGUCGCGACAAAAUCAAAUUGCUUUUCACUUCAGCAACACGAUUUGGGCAGCGACAUUGUGCUCAAUAUUUUCCCGACAGACUACUAUUGCCAAUUGAAUUUUACGAAAAGGGAUCGCAAAAACUUUAAAAAAGUUUUUGUGACAUUUCGUCUUCCAAGCCCUAUUCAAUGCAGUUGAAAAGGCCAAUAUUCGUACAUAGUUGUUGUUUUGUUCCUUGAAUGUUUCAAAAUUGGCCAAUUUCCAGAAAUUUGUCCCCACUAAUUGCCACAUAGCGAACUUUUUGGUCAUCCAGCGACCCACAGGAUUCUCCACAUCCCGUUCCGUGAAUUUGCAUCACUUUCCUCACUUUCUGUCUUCUAUUUUUCCCAAUUUUUCUUUUAUUUGCUUAACAAGGCCGGACAUUUCCAAAAAAAAAGAACUUUUCCUCCCUUCCCAUUCCCCAAGAUAAGAUUUAUAAAGUCCGGCAUGUGGCCGCGGAAAGAAAGGGAGGGGUAAUGUCAAUCGACAUCUGAUCGAUGGCAUGUGGGUAAAUUAAAUGUUUCAGGCGUUAGUUUCGCGGAGUUUCAGGGGGUUUAUUCGAGGAUUUGAGGCGUAAUGAUGGCUUCAAUUUCUUUGUGAAAUUGGUUUUUGAUGGAUAAUAUAACGUUAUGGUAAAAUCAAUCAUUUGUAUCGUAUAAUUCCGGGCGUUUAUGCGUGAUAGGAAAGUUUUGUCGUAUUUUACAACUAUUUUUCUGUUUGAAAACACUCUUUUUUGGCGUAGAGUACAUACACAAUCUAAUAAUGACGCAAAUAACUUUGUUUUAGAGGUUACUUAGUUUACACCAUGUUUUGAAUAGUUUGGGUUUAAGAAAAGAGUGUAGAAUUUUCACUGCCGAUCUUAAUUUAUUUUUGGAUACUCCGUUGUAGAUUAACCAAAAAAUGAAUACAGUGGAACCUCUGUACAACGAAUAAAAACCAAAAACUUCUGAGGCCACAAAAGCCAAUUCCGGGCCAAAAGAAACUUUUUUUACGGAAAAAAACCUUCUAUAACGAAUGACUUUUUGGUUGCUUUGUACAGGGGAAUGUAGUUGCUAUACUUCUUCAAUUUUUUAUUGUAUUUUGCAAAUUUGUUCCUUAAAGGCUGGAGAUGAGAGCUGAUCCUUGCAAACGUUCUGCUUAUUUUUUAUUCAUCGUUGAUGACAAGGAAGUUGACAGGAGAAGUACCCGAAACGCAACGCUCAAAUUUUCAUAAAACUAGGCACGAAUUUAUUCUAUUUCUCAAAACAUCUUGCUAGCUCAUGUUUCGACGAAAAAAUCAGAAGGUUUCUUCGGUUGAAAUUUGAUAAGAAAAAAAUAGAUUUUUUUGGGAACUUUGGCCAAUUUUCCAUUGGUUUUCUAUUGUGAAGUUCACAAAAAUGUGGCCGCAUUGAUUCCUUUUUACAUGGGAAGUACCCCAAGUGCGACGCUUAGAUUUUCUUUAAAUUUUGCACACACGUCGGGAAUAGACUAAAUAUCAAUUCCUGAAAGUUUUAGCCCGCGCUUUGCGGGCGCCGCCGAGAUAUCGAACGAUUUUUGCCGCCGAGAGAGCACGAUAAACGUGGAGAACCGUCAGAGAGAAAAGCGCUUUUUGGCCAUAACUUUGGCAGUUUCGUGCGGAAAAAUUUGAUUUUUUGUAGAAACAUUAUCCUUUACAGUUGAAAUAGGCAUGAAACUUUUCGUGCCGAAAUUCGGCAAAAAGUCCUAAAUUUUCGCCGAGUUUCGAUCUAAAAAUCUCGGUUGUUUCUGCAAAGCGCGACCUAGGAUUCUCGCAUAUAUCUUAGAAAAAAUUAUUCUAAAUUUGUGCCAAGUUUCAUCAAAAUCUGAGCGUCGCACUUGGAGUACUUCCCCUGUUAGUUUUGAUGAUAUUGCAGACUCUCGACGGAGAAUUUUUCCACGUAUUUUACAAGCACAUUUCAUCUUAUGGUUAUUUUUAAAAUACGCACACUUUAAUGGGCAGUUUUUCUGUAUUAUAAAUAAAUACUUUCAUUUUCAGCUGGUUCAAAAAUUUCAUCGACGAUUCUGUUUCCAUUCAGCGACUACAAAACUCAACUGUAUUAUUUAUUCGGGUUCUUAUGUCUUCUUUCAUGGCUGGCCUUUAAUUUGUGGGCGUUGAGAGACUACUUUUGCCCAUGCUGGUUCGAGACGUUGUAUACGGAAAGUGGGCUGCCAAAGAAUGAAUUGAGAGUAAGUUAUAAAUCAAAUUUUUUGUAAAAAUGAGAUUUUGAUGGGUUGAAAGUUUGUAAAAUACGUCCAUAUUAAAUUUUGUUUUAUAAAAUAUUAUAUAAAUAUGAGAAGCAACACAUCUCUGUUGAUCAAAUCACAGGACGUAAAAAAUUCUUUGUCAUUGAAAGUAAGCAUGGCUGCAAACCGGGCCAGCCCGGCCUGGCCCGGGCCGCAGGCCCGGGCUUGAAUCUCCAAGCCCUGCCCGGGCCCGGACUUGGAAAAAUUGGAAAGCCCGGCCCAGUUCGGCCCGGAAAAUUUUUACACUAGGUUGGAAAGAAAGAAAGCGGGAAUGAAAGGAAAAUUAUGGCAAAUUUUCGCAAAAUGUAAAGAAAAAUUUACCAAAACCUACGUACAUAAGGUCGCUUUACGUUCGCUAUCAGCAGUGUGUUCGAAAACAUGAAAAAUUCUAUCGAAAAAGCAUAUUUUUUCCUUUUUUCCGGGCAAAACUUAGAUUUCAAAAAAACCGGGCCGGGCCUAAAAAUCGAAGCCCGGAGCCGGGCCGAGAAAUUAGUCGGAAAAAUUUUGCAAAGCCCGGCCCGAAGCCAUGCCUAAUUGAAAGGAAUAGAUAUAAAAAGCUGAGUUUUUGGAUCGAAGUAUGCAACACAACGUUUUUUCACGGAAUUCUGGUCGCGUCACGCCACGAAAACAAAUGUUUGGCGUACUGUUAAAUAAUGUUUUUUGGCUUCUUCGAGUAAUUAGAAAAAUUGUAAUUUAGCCCAGUAUUGAACAAAAUCUUGACAGAAAAAAGCUAUAGACCCUAUCAGUGAAUUUUUCCUGUUAUAGAAGGUCCGGUUUGUCUUUCAAAAACACUAUGUUUGAUGAGUUUGAUAAUUAAAAUAUCUCUAGUUGCGGAAUGCCAAGGAUUUUGUCAUUUUGCGAAAAGCCCGGGCAACCAUUUCAAUCAUUAUAAUAGCAGGAAAGAUGGCUCAAUAAGUCGAGUUACGAGCCGGAAAAAGUUCUGAAACUUUGCAUGAUGAUUGUGAGUGAUGUUGUAGUGCUGAUCGACCAUUUUUGUAGGAUUCGUGACUAAACGUCGCCCGCUAGGCGAUUGCAAAGUUCUAAAUUUUGGGAAGUUUGAAGUCGAAUAUCUCAAAGACUGAAUAACACAUACAAAUUUCUGAACCUCUAACAGAGAGAUAACUGCCUACUCUUUCCAAUUCACCAUUUAUCAAGUCGCUCAAUUUUGGAUGAUCGGGUGAAAAUAUCGUAUCUUUAAGACCACCUUUUUGGAGCGAAGUGUCACAAAAAUUCGAUCGAUAAUGGCGCAAUUAGAGCUCGACUUCCGCUUUUCUAGUAGAGUCUAAACGUUGUGCAAAGAUAUGGGAGAAAACUUUAAAAAAAUUUUGAAAAAAAAACUUUCUCAUCAAUUCCGUUUGUUUUAGGAAUUUUCAGAAAUUGAUUUGUAGGCUUGGAAAAAUCUUUUUUUUUUCAAAAUUAACAGUUUUUUUUUAUUUAAAAAUAGUUUUGGCAUUUUGAAAAAAAACCUUAAAAAUCUUUAAAAUACGAUGAUCGCUCUUCUUACUAUAAUUUUAUAAAAGAAAAAAAAAUAUUUUCAGUUAAAAAUAAUUCAACUCAAAGUACACGAUCGAAUGCGCGGUGCCAUGUCAGUCCCAUCCAAUAUCUUUGUGCAAACUGAAGCUCGCAAAAAGUUGAGUGCAAUUUUGGAUACCGAAGAAGAGAAGAGAAAAAAGUCGAGUAUUUUGGAGGGAACCUACGACCCAAGUCUACAUACGGAAAACCAUUUAUAUCCGCCGUCAUUGUAUCAUGUUGUGUAA